AUGGAAGAGAAGCAAUAUGAAUUCAGUGGACAUCUUUUAAAGAUAGCGACGUUUAAGGGAGCCUACCUCGGCGUUUCUGCUUUUGUAUGGGAACCUGGACUUGUACUCUGUCGCUACUUCGAGCAGGAAAAUAUUAACUUUACAGGGAAGAAGAUGAUUGAGUUGGGUUCUGGAACGGGGAUAGUGGGGAUUUUAGCAACCCUGUUGGGCGGAGAUGUCACUCUCACGGACAGGCGAGACGUCCUGAAGCAAAUAGAAUACAACGUUUCUGCCAACAUCCCCCUCAGUUCCAGGCACCGUUCGAAAAUCAGCGCUCUCGUCUGGGGAACUGAUCUGAACAACUAUCCGUCUGACUUUGAUGUUAUUCUGGGAUCGGACAUCGUGUACAACCCUACCAAGUUUCCACAACUUUUGCAGACACUUUUACAUCUUUGCAACGAGAGAACUAUAGUUUACAUCUGUUCUAACAUGUUUGCUAGAGAGGGAGCCUCUAAUUUUCACCAAGAACUCCUGCCGGAACAGUUUAAUAGCGAGUUAAUUCACACAAGCGGAAGCAACAAUAUUUACAAAUUGACUAAAAAACAAGCACCCUCAGGAGGAAGGGAUUAA